AUGGCAGUGGAAGUAAAGGCAUGCAGCAGGGUGUUACUGAUGGGUGCGCUGUGGCUGCAUGGCCGAGCAGAUGGUGAGUGGGCAAUGGGGACAGAAGCUUGUGCAGGCGACCAAUGGAUGGUGAGCGUAAUGUGUGCGUCGGGCGACAAGGGCAUGCGGCCGGCAUGUCCCCAGCGCCAAGUGGUGGACAUCAGGAGUGAGCAGGCUGCCAGCCUGUUGCACCGCGUGCCUGCUGAUGCGGGUCGGGUCAAGCAUGUUCCAUGUGCAGUCACCACCAGUGAAGGAAUGCGAGGCAGCGCCUUGUGCCUGGUGCUGGAGGUCCUGUCCGCAUCGAAUCAUCGGGGUGUUGCAGAGGGGUGGCUGCAUGCAGGCGAGGGUGCUCAGAAGCCCGCCAUUCCGUACACCGAUCGUCGACAUCCAUGUCGACGAUGUGAAAUGGUGGCCGACCUGUUGGGGCGUCUGGAGCCGCUGGUCCAGCCGAACCUGGUCCACAUUGCGGCCGAGCAUGCUGUGAUGCUGGUACCAGGCGGCCUGGUGGACACCGGGAAGGAGCUGCACAUACAGGUGUGCCUGCGGUCAUGUUUGUCCACCUACGAGCUGCUCAACUCGUUCGACUUGUGCGGCUGCAUGGUGGUGCUGACGGCCAACGGCCAGUUCGUCGCACACAACCAGUGGGUGGAGAUAUGCAAUGCAGGGGCUCGCUGUAUGAUGCUAGGGUGCAUCUGGGGAAGGGUGCACGGCAUGCUCACAGUGGCAAGGUUGCUGACAGCAGCACCGCUGGUAGCAUGGUGGUGGCCAGCCACUGUGAAGGUGUGGCAGACAGCUGUCAGGCGGCCAUGUGUGCAUGGGGCGGCUGGAGUUGGAUUGGCAGGGGCAGAAGGUGGUCACAUCAGCACACUCAUGCAACUGUGCAGUAAAGAUAAGGUCAGCACGUGCACAUUGAUAGUGAGGGUGCUGGCACCAUGCUGUGGCAACUGA